CUGUUGUUGUUGUUUGUUUUUUUUUUUGUCUCAGUUGAAGGUCUCUGUUAACAAGAGCAUGCUGAGACCUACAGGAAAAGUAGUGGGUAUUAUAAAGCGAAACUGGCGACCGUUUUGUGGCAUGCUCUCCAAGUCACAGAUUAAAGAGGCAAGGCGACAUUUGUUUACACCAGCUGAUCGCAGGAUUCCUCGGAUUCGAAUAGAAACAAGACAAGCAGAUAAAUUGGAAGGACAAAGAAUAAUUGUUGCUAUUGAUGGUUGGCCUAGGAAUUCCAGGUAUCCUAAUGGUCAUUUUGUGAAGAAUUUGGGAAGUGCUGGAGAUAAAGAGACUGAGACUGAAGUUCUUCUCCUUGAACAUGAUGUCCCUCAUCAGCCAUUCUCUCAGAAUGUCCUCAGUUUCCUACCAAAAAUGCCAUGGAGCAUUACAGAAAAGGAUAUGAAAUAUAGGGAGGACUUGAGGCAUCUAUAUGUUUGUAGCGUUGAUCCUCCUGGCUGUACAGAUAUUGAUGACGCAUUACAUUGUAGAGAAAUAGGAAAUGGAAAUCUGGAGGUUGGUGUGCAUAUUGCAGAUGUCAGUCAUUUUAUCCGUCCAGGAAACGCUUUGGAUGAGGAAUCAGCAAAAAGAGGAACAACUGUAUAUCUGUGUGAAAAGAGGAUUGAUAUGGUUCCAGAACUGCUUAGCUCCAAUUUAUGCUCCUUAAGAUCUAAUGUGGACAGGCUUGCAUUUUCAUGUAUAUGGGAGAUGAACCAAAAGGCUGAAAUUCUGAACACCAGAUUUACAAAGAGUAUUAUUAAUUCCAAGGCUUCUCUCACAUAUGCUGAAGCACAGAUGAGAAUUGAUUCGGCAACAAUGAAUGAUGAUAUUACUGUCAGCCUGCGUGGACUGAACAAAUUAGCAAAAAUUCUGAAGAAGAAAAGAAUUGAUAAUGGAGCUUUGACGCUUUCCUCACCAGAAGUUCGUUUUCACAUGGAUAGUGAAACUCAUGAUCCUAUUGAUCUGCAAACUAAGGAACUUAAAGAGACCAACUCCAUGGUUGAAGAGUUCAUGUUGCUUGCCAAUGUCUCUGUAGCACAAAAAAUUUAUGAUGAGUUCCCAGAGUUUGCCUUGCUCCGGAAACAUCCUGCUCCUCCUCCAUCGAAUUACGACAUCCUUGUGAAGGCAGCGAAAUCCAAGCUGUUCUUUAAAACUAAGGGAGUAGUGAAUGAAGAUGCG